AUGUCCGAACCCAUCCCCGAAUCAAUCCCCACAAGCGCCGACCCGCGCAGCAAACGGCCGCUGAAGCGACGCGCCGUGAACGGCCCCUCCACCGCACAAUCCGAACAAGCCUCGCAGAUCGAAACGCUGAUGCGGGACCCGACGCGCGAGAUCCACCUACCUUCCCAAAAGCCGCCGCGCACCGCGGGGUCGCUGCCGCCGCCGCCGGAGAUCGUCGCCAACGUGCAGGGGUCGUCGGCCGGGGCCGGGUCCGGCGAGUUCCACGUCUACAAGGCCAGCCGGCGGCGCGAGUACGAGCGGCUGCGGCUGAUGCAGAGCGAGGUGGUCCGGGAGCAGGAGGACGAGGCGUGGGCGCGGAAGCAGGCCGAGACCAAGCGGCGGGAUGAGGAGCGGACGGACAAGAAUCGGCGGCGCCGGGAGAAGAAGAAG